CUUCUUUCUUCAUUGUUCUUCAUUUUGAGGUAACAUUCCACGGUUUUGGUACGGUGAUCUCUCCCGCGGAGGUUUCUGAUAUCUUGUUCGGGUGCAAGCUGUUUUAAUUUUGAUGUCGAGGAUUUUGAUGAUUUAGUUACCCACAAUCUAUACAGAGUAGGGGCAAAAAAAAUGUCAGUUGAUAAAGCUAGUGGUUCCGGAAAGACUGUCCCAAAUGAAAAAGGAAAAGCAAAGAUAGAGGAGGUUAGAAAGCUUAUCGGCUCUGCCGCAAGUAACUUCCAACGUGAAUGUUCGGACGAAUCCAUAAUUAUGUAUCUUAGAGCAAAGAAUUGGAAUGCUAAAAGAGCAGCCAAAAUGCUGAAAGAGACCUUGAAGUGGCGAAUGGAGUUCAAACCAGAUAAGAUCAGAUGGGAUGAUGUCGCUCAAGAAGCUGCAACAGGGAAGCUUUACAGAGCCAAUUAUGUCGACAAACACGGAAGGACUGUGAUCAUCAUGAGACCCGGACAACAGCACCCGAGUUCUGUCAAGGAUCAAAUCAAAUGCUUGGUGUAUUGCUUGGAGAAUGCCAUAGAAAAUCUACAAAACGAUCAAGAGCAGAUGGUGUGGUUAAUCGACUUCGAAAAUUGGAACAUGGCUUGCAUAUCCGUCAAGAUAACUCGCGAAACAGCUCGAAUAUUGCAGGAUCAUUACCCCGAGAGGCUUGGCGUCGCAAUCCUUUAUAAUCCUCCUGUUGAUGUAAUUUUUCAACAAAAAUAAAGUAAAAUUCAAAGAUAUAGAAAAUAUCCUUAAACUUGAUUAAUUAGUGCCUGAGAUUAGGAAUCUCUAAACACUGUACGGUACAUAAAAUAAACUGGAAAAUAAAAUACUGAAAUUUAAAGUGGUGAUCCCCAAAUCUGACUUUGCUUUGUUGAAGUUGAUUGAAGAUGCCUUGCCAAAUGAUGAUCCAAAUCCUUAAAUAUUCCCUGGGAAACCGUACUGAAAACCGUCACCCGAACGGUUACAACGUCUCCUUCUCAACCGUCUUCCAACCUUUCUCAUGCUGACACGUGUCCCCAGCAGACCAAAAUUCCCUAUAUUUCACUCCUUGAGCCGACCACAGACCUUCCGCUCUUUUGGCCCGACUUCGUCCUUCGUCCGACCUACUUCUUCGCCCGACCCCACUUGGGCCGACCUCCAUAUCAACCGCCCCCUGUCUUUGAUCAAAGGCCUCCGCGUUUGUCCGACUCCGCCUUCUAUCCGACCUACAGUUUACCCGACCUGCGGAUAUCCCAUCUCGACGACUUUCCGUCUCGAGGACCUCCCGACUUGAAAACCUUCCGACCCAUCGUCUUUCCGUCUUGCGGACCUCCCGACCUGAAGACCUUCCGACUUGAGGUCUUUCCGUCUUGCGGACCUCCCGACCUGAAGACCUUCCGACUUGAGGUCUUUCCAUCUUGAGGGCCUCCCGACCUGAAGACCUUCUGACCUGAGGUCUUUCCGUCCUGAGGACCUACCGUCCUGAGGUCCUUCCGUCCUGAGGACCUACCGACCUGAGAACCUUCCGUCCUGAGGUCUUUCCGUCCUGAG